UAGGCAUUGAGCUCCUACCACUCUCAUCGCAACCCUACAGGAUUUCCGUGUUUACGGAAGUCAUUACACGCGCUUCUCUCCAACGGGGUGAGCGGCGCGCGAUGGCUUUCAUUAGGAAAAAGGAGCGAUCUAAAGAAAGAUUCUCGCUCUUGCUAUUGGAUCUAGAGGAGUAUUAUUUUGAACAACACACAGCGUAUCAGCUGACCACCAGAUGCUCAUCCCAGAACAGUGCCCCCUGCAAGUUUCGAGGAUCUUUUAAAGUCUGUUCAAAAUCUGUCAUAUUUGAGCCAGAGGAUGCGUCUCAGCCCAUACUAAAGAUUCCCUUGAAGGACUGCAGGAGGAUUGAAGCAACAGAGGACAAUGAGCGAAAUCCUUUUACAGAAAGUAAGCCUCCAUGUAUAUCAAUGGAAAGCAGACAGGUUUACCUUAUUAAAGAUGGGAAUGUUGUUGCACCGUACAAAAUUGAAAGGAGCGAUCAAGACAUUCUUUUUCAACUAGAGAUAUCAAGAAAAACUGAGGAUGUUGUGCAAACUUUACUGCAGUUGCACAGGGCAUCCUGUCUGGAUAAGUUGGGUGAUCAGACUGCCAUGAUAGCAGCAAAUUUACAGUCCAGAUUGGCAAGAACUUCAUUUGACAAAAAUAGCUUCCAGAGUGUCUCAGAGCUACCCCACAUGGAGUGUGAGGCAGAGAUGAUCUCUCCUCUGGUGACCAACCCAGGUCAUGUGUGCAUCACUGACCAGAACCUCUACUUCCAACCGCUCAAUGGCUACCCUGACUCAGCGGUGCAGAUUCGGCUUCACAGUGUCAGACGCAUCUACAAGAGGAGGCAUGGAUUGCGCCCACUGGGUCUGGAGGUGUUUUGCUCCGAGACGGAUCUUUGUUCAGACAUUUACCUGAAGUUCUACCACACCAAAGACAGGGAUGAGCUCUACUACUACAUUGCCACCUUCCUGGAGAACCACAUGGCGGAACACACAGCAGAGAGCUACAUGCUGCAGUGGCAGAAGGGCCACAUUUCCAACUACCAGUACCUGCUGCACCUCAACAACCUGGCUGACCGCAGCGUCAAUGACCUGUCUCAGUAUCCCGUCUUCCCUUGGGUCAUCAGUGACUACAGCAGCCCACGGCUAGACCUGAUGAAUCCGGCUACAUUUCGGGACUUUAGUAAACCAAUUGGAGCACUGAACACAGAGAGACUGGAGAGAUUACUAGCACGUUAUAGAGACAUGCCAGAUCCUCGCUUCAUGUACGGAAGUCACUACUCAUCUCCAGGAUAUGUGCUCUUCUAUCUAGUUAGAGUGGCUCCAGAGCACAUGCUGUGUCUCCAGAACGGACGCUAUGACCAUGCUGAUCGAAUGUUCAACAGUAUUGCAGAGACAUGGAAGAACUGUUUAGAGGGAGCCACAGACUUUAAAGAGUUAAUUCCUGAGUUUUAUGGGAAGGACUCCAGUUUCCUGCAGAAUGAGCUGAAUCUAAACCUGGGGAAGAGGCAGGGGGGUUGCUGUGUGGGAGAUGUAGUUCUUCCUCCUUGGGCUGCAGAUGCAGAGGAUUUCUUGGAGAAGUUACGCAGUGCUCUGGAGAGUCAGUAUGUAUCGGAGCACCUGCACGAGUGGAUCGAUCUGGUGUUUGGUUACAAGCAGAAAGGCAGCGAAGCUAUUGCCGCUCAUAAUGUGUUUCAUCCAUUAACAUAUGAAGGAGGAAUUGACUGUGAUAGCAUUGAGGACCCAGAUCAGAAGAUUGCUAUGCUGACUCAGAUAUUGGAGUUUGGGCAAACACCACGGCAGCUCUUCACCACUGCUCAUCCUCAGAGGAUCACCCCCAGGUUCCACAAUGUCUCCACAGCAACCACGUCCUCCAGUGAACUCUCACCAUUGUCGCCCAGUGAAGACUCAUCAUUUGAAGAUCUGACAGAGGAGAGCAAAAAAAUGGCUUGGAGCAACAUGAGCAAACUGAGUCUUCAGUCCAGUCACAAAAUUCACAAAGAGGCCGUGACGGGAAUUGCAGUAACAUGCAGUGGUUCAGCCAUUUUCACCACCUCACAAGACUCCACUCUGAAGAUGUUUUCCAGGGACACAAAUGCUCUACAGAGGAGUGUGUCAUUCUCUAACAUGGCCUUAUCUUCCUGUCUGAUGUUGCCUGAGGAUCAGACCGUUGUCUGCUCUUCGUGGGACAAUAAUGUAUAUUUCUACUCGGUGGCAUUUGGGAGGAGGCAGGACACCCUAAUGGGUCAUGAUGAUGCUAUCAGUCAGAUGUGCUGGAAGGAUGACCAGCUGUAUACUGCAUCAUGGGACUCCACUGUUAAGGUGUGGCGAUGUGUGGCCGCUGACGUCAACAGCAACAAAAGGAGCCAGUUUGAGCUGCUGGCAGAGUUUGAGCAUGAUGCAGGGGUGAACUGCAUAGCUGUCAGCCCAGCAGGCACACUUCUAGCUUCUGGCACUAAAGAUGGCAUCCUCAGCAUCUGGGACAUUGGAAGUUUGUCCCCCCUGCAUCAAUUGAAUUGCCACUCCGGCAAAAUCCACCAGAUGGCAUUCAGCCCUGACAGUAGACACAUCCUCAGCGUAGGAGAGGACUCCAGCCUGAAGGUCACGGAUGUCCAGACUGGCAUGCUCAUCUCCACCGUCCCAGCAGAGGAGGAGCAAAGGUGCUUUUGUUGGGAUGGCAACACAGUGAUUUCAGGUGGACAGUCAGGUGACCUCAGAGUGUGGGACUUGCUCAGUAGCAAAGUAACUCAAAAACUGCCUGCUCACACAGGUGCAGUCACUGUCAUGUGGAUGAGCGAACAGUGCAGCACUGUCAUCACAGGUGGAGAAGACAAACAGAUCAUGCUGUGGAAACCACAGUAUUAAAAUGCGCACAUGCACACACACACACACACACACCACACACACACACUUGCACCCCUGUGGUCUGGGAUGAUAAUCAUACUGCAAUCUCUGGUGCAAUAGAAGGGUAACUGGUAUGUACCGAUUAAUGAUAUGCACUAUGUACUUUGUAGCCAUUUCCUUAUAAACAUGUUAGUGCUAUUACUGUGGUAGUGCUUGUCAGAAGUGAGAUGUCUAGAUUUACUCAUUGUGUACAUCAGGAUAUAUUUUCAAAUGUGCCUUAAUAUCUUGAAAGAUUUGAUUGAAAUGUUACUGAGACCAAGCCUCUUGCUGUCAAUCACACACACACACACACAGGAGCACACAUGUACAGGCAUGCAAACCAAAAAUAUCACUGGAAGUGUGAAGCUCUCAUUGGUCUAAUAAUCAGUAUACAAAUCUAUUGUAAAGUAAAGUUAAUUACAUAGAUACAUGUACAAUGCGGAGCAACUAUGUUGCAUUCAGGCCCAUUGCAUGACAAAGACUACCAUGAUAUUAAAUAUAUAUAAUUAACAUUACAUUAAUAUUAAUAGUCUAAUAACAAUAUGCUUUUAAGUGCUCAUAACCACUGAAUUAGUUAAAAAAAAAAAGCAGCUCUGCAUAUUUCAGACAUUUUCCUGUACAUCUACAGAUGUGCACUCAUGCGCGCACACACACAGACACACACGCCAAUGCAGUUGCAACAAACCAGUGAAGGCGGUGCACAUCUUUGUACAAACAGUUGAGUGCAGAGAGCAUUCUUAUAAAGGUUCUGAAUACAGACAAUUCAGCAAUCAUGGAGGUUUGUGUGUAUGUUUGCAACCCCAUCAAAAUCAUUGUUUAUCAGUCAUAUAAUACAAAAAAUAUCAUGUCUUGGUUUUGUAUAUAGUCCAAUAAUGGAAUGUCAAUAGAAGUGAUUUUUUUUUAUUAUUAUUAUUAUUAUGGCACAUUAUUGUUUUAGUGCAUUUGCAUUUUCAUCAUUUGUUUUGUACGCAAAAAAAAAACGUUAUCCGUCACUUUGUUUUAAUGAAAAAAGGUGUUUUAAUGGUUUUCUUGAAACCAGGUGUUUAUUUAUUUUACAAAGCCUAAGCCUGCUCCAUGCUCUCAGGGGUGGAGAGGGGGUAGGCAUAGCAUGACCGAGCAGAUGGCUGCUUUCAGGACCAAUAUCCACUCAUUCUCAGUUACGUUUACUGUAUGAUGUGUGUCUGUGGAUCCAAUAAAGUAUUAACCCCAUGAUGAA